GGAAGUUUCAAUGAACGAAAAACCGUGACUACCUAAUUUAUAUAGGCAUAUAGCUUAUGUGUAUAUGUACCUUGCACAGGUACCUAUUGAACUUAGCUGGCUUUAAGGUUGGAUUUUAAGCACAUGUGCUAGCGUGUUAGCGCAUUAGCGUAUCAGGUGGAUCAAUUGAAGUACAGCGUUGCCCCAGAUCUGCGGCUUCCGGGCUGGCAAAGUAAACAUAUAACCUUUCUUCCUACUGACAUCCACGUCGACUUCAAUUCUACACCCACACAAGCACCUAUCCAAUCUCUGGCGCCAACGAUUAAACACUUUCGCAUCGAGCAAAAAUGCUCGGGUGGGCUCUCAAAAAAGGGUUCCAAGGCGCCACCGGGGCGAAGGACGCGUCCGGUGGUAAUGAAGAUACAACACAAUUCGAGGCUCCAGAUACGCCCGCCCCUGUUUUUGCCGCUCGAGCAUUCAGAAAUGCCCUCUUUGGAACGUCUCGCUCCGAAACAACCAGUAGCAAAUAUACGAAGAACAAAAAUGACAAUUCAACACCCAAUGAUAUAACUUCCCCGACCAAGCAGUCCCCAAGCAAGCAACCGACGGGUAUUCUUUUAACUCCGGGUACUGGAACCGCACGUCGGAAACGUGUUUCAUUUAAUCAUGAUGUUAAAGCUGGUAGUGGCGGUGGUCUUGAUGCCAGUCCCCUUGCCUCGGCGCGUCUACGAAGGAGAUCAACAUUGCAGCAGGCAUUGGAAAAUUCUCGCUCGGCAAGAUCCAAAAAGCCUAUCGAGAGAGAACAGGAGGAACCUCCUCCAAAGCCAGUUGACGAUGAGUCUGAAGAGGAAUGGGAAGAUGAUGUUUGCGACCGUGAUAUAACAGUGGAUCUUAAUGAGCCACACUCGGAGUCAGGCAAAUAUUGGAAAGCGGAGUUUAACAGAUACCGUGACGAGGCAAUGGCUGACAUCGAGCGUAUGGUGAAGUUUAAGGCUCUAGCCAAGUCCUAUGCCCAGCAGAAGGAUGCCGAGGCACUCGACCUGGCUCAAAAAUUAAAGGAUGAGCAACUAAAGGUAGCCCAGAUGGAGGAGAAAAUUGCUACUAUGUCCUCUCAGGCCACAGACAAGAGGAGGCGUGGUAGUGAUCGCGAGGACACUACUCUAGCGAAGGAUUUAGAGAAGCAGACUGCCCUUGCUACGCACUAUCGAGAUCAAGUGAAAGAACUCGAAGCUCUCAUCCAGGAACACAGAGGCGAAUCCAGUUCUAGUCAGUCCGACCGCCGGCGUAUCGAUACAUCACCUAGGACCGAAAGUACACUUCUUGAAGUCAGCCGAGAACUAAGACGAGCGCGAUCUGAGUUAAAGCAGAUGGACAAGCUUCGGAAAGAAGUCAGCAAACUAAAGUCAGAUCUAAGCGCAGCGGAGGAACGAGCGACUAAACUACAAGAUGAGCAUGUCGAUAGAGGAUUUACCGAUUCUACGCAAGUAAAGAAAUUAGAGCAUAAGCUACAGGUAGCUAAAGAAGAGUCACACCAAAAGGAUCGUGAGAUUCGGCAGUUGAAGAAGGAUUACGAAUCCCUGAAGAAUGAUGCUAAAUCUCGGACUGCCGAAGCUAUACAGGUGUUACAAGCGAAGAACGACAAGAUUGCCGAGCUAGAGAGUACUAUCAAGGCAAUUGAGGUAGCGAAUCCCUCGAUUAAGGCGACCCGAGCUUUGAAGUUGGGCAUCGAGUCGCUCAAUAAGCCCUCCAAAUACGAGAGUGACAACCCUGUACGCAAUCUUAAACGUUCAGCUUCGGUUGAGGAUGUCACUCUUGAUAUGACUCAAAGAUCUCUACUUGGACACCUGGAGGAGUUUGACGAUACGCCCAAAUCGAUCAAACGCAAUACUUUCCUCCCGUCUGACUGGUCGAACAGUUUUAAGGACAUCAAGAACCAACUGAGAAAGGACAAGAAGGAUCAGGUAGAAAUCAACAAGCGUGAGAAGGACUUAGAUAUUACCCCGCCUCGAUCCAUUACAAAACCCAAGGCUCCACUAUCAACAUUCGACUCGGGUAGAGCUAUGUCCAAUAUUCUCUCAAACAGAAUGAAUCAGUCGACAACGAGGGAUACGAUGACUUCAAGAGAGCUACUCGAUGAAAAGAUUGCUGAGGCACGUGCAGCUCGUGCAGCUGGCGCGGACCGUGCGGAUCGUGCGGAUCGCGUGGAUCGUGUGGAUCGUGUGGAUCGUGUAGACCGCGAUGUUGAGAUGCAUGGCUCUUUAGAGAGGCCAACACCGCGCCGCUCAAGACCUAAGUCUUAUAACGGUCGUUCCUUUUCUUCGGGUAGCGAAGGGCUUGGUUAUGAUCUCGUCCAGGACAAAUUCGCUCGUCUCGGAGGUCCCGAGGCAGAGCACACAUCGGGGAAUACUUCUAGAUGUACCCUACCUGCCGACCGACAAGCUGCAGCUCGAGCUCGCUUGGAGAAAAAGAAGCUCGAGAGACAGCGGAACGGUGGUGGUCGCGACAAGGAGAAUAUCAAACCAUGAGGCUAAAUCUUAUGUGACGGGACGAAGACUUGAAUGACAGGUACAAGCAUAUGGCACGGUUGGAGACAAAACUUGGGGGUAUAAUAUGGGAUUGCAUUGCAGGAGUUUAGUAUUUCAUUUGGCGUUUCCCCCCUACCUUGUAUUGGCACAGGUACGGGAUUGUUCA